AUGAAAAGCAGUGCAAUAAAAGUAAACAAAGCAGUGAAGUACAGCUCGACCAAGACUCGAGUCGAGUCAGAGCAAAGUACCAGCUCGAUCGAGUUUAGGGACGAGUUGAGACAAACAAAGCUAAAGCUCGAUCGAGUUGAAGCUUGGCCGGUCGAGUUGAGGAACUCGACCGGUUGGUCGAGUAGACGGUCGAGCUGGUCUUCAAGAUGGCUUCUCCCUUCUUCCUUUGCGUAUCCAGUUGAGCUGCUUCCAUGUGCCAAGUCCCUCCAUGCUCCUUGUCCCAUAUGCUCCAGAAUGCUCCAAAAGACCUAUUUCAAAGGACCAAACAUGCAUAUUGCCCCCCAAAGAACUGGGAGGCUAGGUCGUGGUCUGGAGAUGGGAGACGGCCAUCAGGAGCACUCCACUCAACUGGGGUUGCCUCUUGCGGCUCACUCGAUCGAGCUUGCUCUUGACUCGAUCGAGUUGUGCCUCGAGUUGCCACUCGUCUUCCUAAAACCUGCUCCUGUGAGACUCAGCCAAGAAAAAUCAUAA